AUGGUGGGCGUGGGGUUAGCUGAUAUCAACGAUGUGAACAGCCCCAUGGUGGAGUGGGCCAGCACAGUGGACCAGCACAGUGGACCAGCACAGUGGACCAACACAGUGGACCAACACACUGGACCAGCACAGGCCAAUACAGUGGACCAGCACAGGCCAAUACAGUGGACCAACACAGUGGACCAACACAGUGGUCCAACACAGUGGACCAGCACAGGCCAACACAGUGGUCCAACACAGUGGUCCAACACAGUGGUCCAACACAGUGGAACAACACAGCAGACCAGCACAGUGGACCAGCACAGGCCAACACAGUGGACCAACACAGUGGACCAGCACAGUGGACCAACACAGGCCAACACAGUGGACCAACACAGUGGACCAACACAGUGGACCAGCACAGUGGACCAGCACAGGCCAAUACAGUGGACCAACACAGUGGACCAACACAGUGGACCAGCACAGGCCAACACAGUGGACCAGCACAGUGGACCAACACAGUGGACCAGCACAGUGGACCAGCACAGUGGACCAACACAGUGGUCCAACACAGUGGACCAACACAGUGGACCAGCACAGUGGACCAGCACAGUGGACCAGCACAGUGGACCAACACAGUGGACCAACACAGUGGACCAGCACAGUGGACCAGCACAGUGGACCAGCACAGUGGUCCAACACAGUGGACCAACACAGUGGACCAACACAGUGGACCAGCACAGUGGACCAACACAGUGGUCCAACACAGUGGUCCAACACAUGUGA